AUGUGGCUCGUGAUUUUGUGUUUUGUCCUUCCGGCAAUCAUCUUCUCAAUUUUUGCACUCAUCGCCUGGCUACGUGUGCUACAACUCAACUACAGACGGCGACUGGCUGCAGAGGCUGCUGAUCGAGAAGCAAAAAAGAAAGCAUCACAGCUUGAGAGUCUCAUUACAAAGAAAGAUGGAAAAGUGAUUUGUCAUAUUCCAAUCCAAGUGGAGGACAUUGAGACUGGGGCAAUGUUUUUAUAUAAUUCGGACGAAAAUCUGGCGACGAUUGGAGAAGACGCAAAAGUUCCUCUCGUUGAACAACAAGCUGUGUGA